AUGUGUUUUGGAUCUCUCUCUGGCUCAUGCUUAACCCCUGCCUCUUUUCUCAUCCCACACAGGCAGCUUCCUCUCCAUAGCUCCACCUUCUCCUGGAGAAAUGUAGCGCUUUUGGUGCUUCUCUCCCUCUCUUUGGAGCAGACAUCUGCAUCGCUGGGCAAAAAAGUCAAACACAAACCAGGUGAGUGCCCCAAAGAGAGGCUUACCUGUACAAGUAAACUUCCAGACUCAUGCAAAACAGAUUUCAACUGCCACGAACACCUGAAGUGCUGCUCUUUCGCCUGUGGAAAGAAGUGCAUGGAUCCAUAUCAAGAACCCUGCUCGCUACCCUUAGACCCAGGAAACUGUGAAAGUCCUGCCAGACACUGGUAUUUUGACUUUAAAGAUCAUUUAUGCAAACCCUUUGCAUAUAGAGGCUGCGAUGGGAAUGCCAACAACUUCUUCAACAGGGAAGACUGCAAGACGGCUUGCUCAUUAGCGGCCAAGAAAGGACAGUGCCCAUUCUUCCCUUUAAAGAAUCGUAUGAUGUGUUCAGCUUUAUGUAAGAGUGACAUCGAUUGUCCCCAAACUGAAAAAUGUUGUGAAUCCAUAUGUGGCUUUGUUUGUGCCACGGCCUGGACAGUCAAAGCAGGUUUCUGCCCACGCAAGCCCACAGAGUGUUCCAAGAUUGAUAAACCCAAGUGCCUGCGGGAUGAUGAUUGCCCAGUGUCAGAGAAGUGCUGUUCACGUUGUGGACUGAAGUGCAUGGAACCCCAAAAUUGAAUAGUAAGUGGAAAACAUUAUCAUCAAAGUAAUUAAUUAUGAGUAGCAUAAUAAAAAGUUAUCAAUUUUGUCCUGUAUUCAACUACUUUACCAAAUUGUCUUAUUAAGUAUAACAAUAUUUAAUGGAGUUACUUUGGCUUCAUAUAUAAUCAUAUUAUCUGAAGAUGACAAUAAAUUAGACUCUUUUUUCCAACUCCAUGACUUACUUUGUUUUCUUGUCUUCUUAUAUUAUGUAGGACCUCUGAAAUAAUGUUGAAAAUAAAGGCAAGGGCAUCUAUCCCUGUCUAGUUCUUUAUUUUAAAAUCAAUGUCUCCUGUUGUAUAAAAUGACAUUUGUUGAGUUUGGUGAUAAAUAGGUUUUAUCUCACUUGAGUUGUUUCCUUUUUAUCCAUUUACAAUUACUAUUGGAAAUUACUGCUGAAUUUUAUCCAAUGCUUUUUAAGCAUCUGGUCAUGUAAUGAUUUUUCUUCUCCAAUUUGUUGGUAUAAUAACUUAUAUUAUUAAAUUUUCAUUUGUUGAACCAUCCUUGCAUUCUUGGAAUGACCUUAAUCAUGUUGAGGGUAUACUUAUAUUAAUGCACUGUUGGUUCUUUUAGUGAAUAGUUUAUUCAGAAUUUUCACAUCUAUAGUCAAAAUAAAAAUAGGUCUAUGAUUUUUGUUGUGCUAUUUGAGUCAUAUUAC